AUGUUUAGCUUCUUUCAGAACAAUAAAAAGAGAACAACACCCUCUAAACAGCCAUCGCCGCCAUCACCCACCACAGUUACGUCUACUACAUUGAAUCCAUCAACAAAGAGCUCUUUUACGUCAUCUGUUUCAAAUGAGCAACCUUUGACCCCUUUAUCCCAAGCACCACCGCCACCUCCACCAGCUCACCAUACAUCUGUAGCAGAGAGUGAUAUACACAUCCCUCAAGUUGAAUUUGAACAAUCUCGUAGUUUACUACAGCUUGACUUCUUUGGCCCAGAUCAGCAACAGCUAAGCACUGAUUUUCCACAAUUUGAUCAUUUACUAAACAAACCAUCUACAUCCGAGACUGAGACACCAGAAACAAAGGAGCACUACAACAAGUUUGGUACAUUGAAUCGAAAGCUGACAAAAACACUACGCCAUCGAUUAUCACUACGACCAAAUCAAAGCAACAAGCGUGUAAAACGAUCCAUCUCUACACCCAACUUGGCAUGA